CGCUCGCACCGUCGAUGAUCUUGAACCGUUUUGGCGCCCUCGCAAAGAUUACCGGUAUAACUAGUGGAUGCGAAGUUUUGAACCAGAGACUCUGUUUGAACAGUCACCUACCGUGACCGUCGGUAUUCAACUUGUAAUCAAACAUCUGUGAAACUACACAGUCUGUGGAGGUUUAAGAUGUCACUUGUUUUUCAUUUGAAAUAGAGCGACCUUCGGAAUCAAGAUUUAUGAUUUUAACGCUAAUUCUUGUCAUAUACGUUUGAGUUCGUAUCGCAAUAAUGAGAACAUUGUGCUAGUUAUUAAAAUCGCACAAUGUAUAAGUGGAUUCGUUUACAUUUCUAAAAACGUAUCCGGUUGCAACUGACAGUUGCUGCUUUCACAAUGUACAGUUUACAUAUAGCGAGUGGUGUUAAGGAAGAUUGUAGAAAAUUGAUAAACCAAUUUGAAGAAUGCGAUACCGUGAGAUUUCAAGACUUUAGCACUGUUUGGCAAUCCAUGAAAUUCUCUGCGAUAUUCACGGGUCGUCAAUCUUAUGCGGAGAUGCUAGAGUUCUGUGAAGAGGUCCUGCAGAUCGCUAAAGUCUUCAUGUUGCCACCAUAUCGAUUCAAGACUCAAAUCGGUGGGUUGUAUCUACUCUACGGAUUGUACUACAAGCUACCUUGCAGGAAAAUCAAAAUAAGAGUGACUCUGUCAGAGUGGAAGGAAAUCCUCGAGCUUCACAACAACAUAAGAGAAGGCAAUCACACCGACGCCAAUUAUAUAUUGUCCAAAAUGAUUUACAACGACGUAUUUUAUCACUGCGCAUUUCACCGCGAGUACGGCUUAGAGAAGUUUCUUCGUGUCAAAGAAGUGCAGACUAAUAAUCAGUACUCACUUUUACCGACGCUCAGGGACAUGGCAGAACCUGAUCAGAUAUUGUCCAAGAUAGAGACUUUUAGCAAAAUUUAUCACCAGGCCAAAUCUGAGAUUUCUAAAGGUAGCGAGCCCACAAGAGCCUUGAACAUGUACGACGCCAAAACUGCUGAGAAGUUAAUUAAGAAAAUUAAAGAUGUAGAAUAUACUAGGCAACACCCCAUCAGUGACACGAUUGAUGAGGAAAAGAUGGUCUGCAGCAGGAAGUCGCUGAAAAAUACAUUGGAGAAAGGAUCUCAGGUCUUCAGGACGAGACCCCUCCCGAUUAUUUUAGCACUGGUUUUCGUUACCUUAGCGAUCGCCGGUCAAUCUAGCGAUUCAUCUUUGCGGCGAACCCGAAAUAGCGAGGAAGAUAUCGAUAACGAUGGAGGCAGAAGUGAGACUCUUCGCCUGGCCACUGUCGUCUUUCGACAUGCUGAGCGUACACCUGCAGACACUUACCCAAAUGAUCCUCACAUAAAUGAUGCGUUAGCACCUUACGGUUGGGGACAAUUGACGAAUCCGGGAAAGCUGCAAGCUUAUAACGAGGGGUUGUGGCUUCGCAAAAGAUAUCAUAAAUUCCUUGGCGGCAUAUUUAGCCCUGAUUUAUUCCAUCUCCAAACAACUGCUGUUGACCGCGCCAAAAUGUCUGGUCUACUGACAGCCGCCGGCUUGUGGAAACCUGAAGGACCUCAAAUAUGGAAAUCAAAUCUCUUAUGGCAACCUGUCCCUCUUCAUUAUCAGCCGCUAGACGAAGAUACGCUUCUGUUAGUUAGAACUAGCUGUCCUGCAUAUUAUCACGAACUGGAGACUGUGAAAAAUGCCACUGAAUUCCAAACUGUACUUAAUGCCAACAAAGAUCUGUUCGAACAGCUGACCAACUUGACAGGCUUGACGAUAGCCAAUCCUGACGAUGUUAUGUCCCUUUAUGGCACCUUGAGAGCAGAGGCAGAUCUUGGUUUAGAACUACCUGAAUGGACAAAAGAGUACUUCCCAGAUCGUCUCAUUCCAUUAACACUGUACAGCUACCUGCCACUGGUUCAAAAUGAUUUGCUGCGCAGAUUAAAGGGUGGCCCUUUCGUUAAGAAGAUAGUAAAUGAUAUGAAAUCAAAAGUGAACGGCACCGAAAAGCGAAAGUUUUUCAUGUACACCGGACAUGAUAGUACCAUUACAAAUUUGUUGGGCACCUUGAAAGUCUGGGAGCCACAGAUGCCGGAGUACAGUAUAAUGACGUUGAUUGAACUACACCAGGAUCAAGGAGAGUGGAACGUUCAGAUUUUUCUAAGGAACACCACACGACAAAUGCCGUAUCCACUUGCGAUUCCCGGAUGCACGACCGCAUGUCCAUUAGAUCAAUUCGUUCAAUUGUUGACGCCUGUUAUGCCGAUUGAUUGGGAUGUUGAGUGCCGAUUCGAUGACCCAGACUACGUUGCACCUACUCCUCUCCCACCAUAAAAAAAAAAUAGCUCGAUGGAAGCUGCACAAUUCCACAUUGGACACAAUGUUGUAACCUUGUGUUUGCUUUCAAAUUCGAUAUGUGGGUCAAUGGGAAGAAUAGUUAGACGUCAAGUGAUCGAGUACAGUACAAUCACAUGCUCUUGCUUCUGUACGUACAUAGAGAUUGGAGGUCGAAUCUAUACAAGACAAAAUAUGAUUUCUUUUUCUGUGAUGUUUACAGAUCUGUCAUCAUUUGUAUGAUGAAAGAAUUACGUAGAACGUUCGAAUUUUUUCAUGAAGCAUUUGAUGAAUUUUAUAGAUUACAACUUAAUUAACUUCAAGUAAGAAGAAUAGCGGUUCCAGGGACGAGAAAAAUGAUCAUGUAAUCUAUUGUUGAUUCUGACUAUUGAUACUCAAUGCAUUUAUUUCGCUCCCAUAUGAGUUUGUUUUUGUCAAUUUAAUUUUGCUUCUUACUUUCGUGUAUUACAUCAUUUGAAUUUGAGAAAUGCGGAAUAGUAAUAAAACGAUCACAAUUAUUAUAAUGAAGAUAUGUUUUUUUGAAGUGGCUACUUGUACACAUUUAUUAUCGUAUAACUCAAGAAUACCUUAUGAUUUGUGGCAAUCGUUAAUACACAGCGUAUAAAUGCUGCAUUCCAGGUGACAAAAUUCAAAAAGAAUAAGGCG